GGUAUACUAUCAUAGAUAUAUUGAACAUUAAUGAGUAUGAUUGCAGACUUCAAUUUACUGAAUAUAGAAAAAGUUUACCCUGCAAUAAUCCGUUAAUAGCAUUUACCACAAGCUGAUAGAUUACUUGUUUUUUUCGAUUGAAUCAAUGAUCUAUGGUCCUUCAUACGUACGAGUUACAGUGAUAAAAUAAAAUUCAUUAUUGGUUGUCUCGAACCCAAAAUUUAGCUAUCGAACGACAGUUAUUUACGCGACCUGAGACAAGAUAAAGAAGAACAUUGAAAAAAAGCACAGUUACGAAAAGUGGGUACAGGAAUUGAUAUAAUAAUAUCGAGUAUGAUACAUCAUUUUAGUGCAUCUUAUUGUAUUACAUUCAUGUUUAAUAUAAAUAUAAGAGAUUCAACGAAUCAGAAAUCAAAGAAAAAUAUGAUAAAAUAUACCGUACACUCGUUUCAUGAUUGUGAAUCCGAUUGCAUGUCGAGAAUUUGAUUUUAUUAAAAAUUUAUGAACACCGCAAUGCAGUUGUUGUUACGCUGCGAUACAAUUUUCAACGUUGUGCGUGACAUUAUUACACCAGGAAAUUCUUUAGAUAUAAUUUUAAAAAAAGCUGACAGCAAUUAUAAAACACUGCAGUUUAUCCAGGAUUGCUCAGUCAUGCGGGGAUUAGGGAGUCCAAGUUAUUCCAUGGGAUUCGGUAUUGCUUUUGUCAUUGUAGGAACCAUAGCCAUGGUUAUCCGUGUGUCUAAUCGUAUUACAGAGCAUGUACUAGACUCUGCCAGUUGUUUGAAAGAGGGUAGCUUAGGUUUCAAGUUAUGGAAGACGGUAGAUCUACAAUUUAAAGCAUAUCUAUUUAACGUCGCUAAUCCUACCGAGGUGCAAGAAAAAGGAGAUGCUGCAAUUCUUGUCGAGUACGGCCCAUAUGUUUACGACGAACAUAUAGAAAAAAUCGUAAUUGGAGUGGACGAAUCCACAGAUACGAUCGAAUACAUGGUGUUGAGAACCCUGUUUUUUAAUGGCACAAAAUCUGGAAACCUAUCUGAAACUGACGAGGUCACGAUUCUGAAUCCUGCGUAUCUUGGAAUAAUACAUACAUUGGCGAAUAUGUUUCCUGCCUUUGUUGGAAGAUUCGGCAAUAGCAUUCCCCUUUUAUUUCCGGAUUCUAACAGUAUAUUCGUCAAGGGUCAAGUGAAGGAUAUUUUAUUCGACGGAUUGCCAUUGAUCUGCGACUCAGCUACCCACCGAGAACUUAAUUUGAUUUGUAGUUUCCUCAAAACCAAAAGACCACCAAUCCUCAGGACUACUCCAGAUGCAGGUGUCUAUGCCUACAGCUUUUUCAACAAAAUAAACAGCACGACUGAAGGACCUUAUACCGCCUUUCGUGGAACAAAAGACCGUUACCGUGCGGGGGACCUGUCUAAAUUCAAGGGUUCGGCGUACUCCGAUGACGGGUCGAUGAAAAAUUGUUCCAUUAUUAAAGGAAGCGACAGUCUUUAUUGGCCACCGAUCAAGUCUCGAGAAUCUACAUUAUUUAGUUUCAUAAGUGAUUUAUGCAGAUCAUUACCCUCCGAAUACACGAAAGACGACUUUCACAGCGGUUUGAUGGGUCAUCGUUACUCACCGAGUGAGAAUAUGUGGAACGGUUCGGAUUCUUCUUGCUACUGUACGAUGGCUCCGAACGGGUCGGCAAAUUGUCCAACGCGUGGACUUUUGGACUUGACAAAAUGUCAGGGAGCACCGAUUCUCAUGUCAUGGCCACAUUUUCUGUACGGCGCCGAAAGCAUCUUGUCGUCGAUUCGAGGAAUACGUCCUGACCCAAAAAAACAUGCGGCGUAUGUAAUUAUCGAACCUUUGACCGGUACUCCACUUGUGGGUACGAAAAAAAUGCAGCUGAAUAUGAUCCUGCAGCAGCAGCAGGUCCGACUUCUGGCGAACGUCAGCCGAGCGGUAUUUCCGUUGGUUUGGGUUGACGAGGGAUUAACUGUCCCAACAAAACUGUUGGCGCCGAUUGUUGUGGUGCAUCGCGUUAGACGUGUUCUGGAAUUUAUAACUUGGAUACUAUUGCUUUUUGGGAUUUUACUGAUCGUUCAUUCCUGCUGGAUGAAUGCGGGAAGAAGAUAUAUCGGCGGAUCAUCCGGAGGAAUAAUUUUGCCACCGGAAAACACUCUCAAUUAAACGAGGGUUCGUCAUUUUGAUUAUUAUGUGGCUCUUUACACAAGACGUUGAUCACAGGAAUGACGAACGCCGUUGAUACAAAAGUUAUGUUUAUUGUAAAAUUAUCUACGCUGCUAUAAAUAAAUAUAAAUUACGCUUGGAA